UAUAUAUAUAAUUAGCUAGUCUCUUCACCUAACUCAAUGGCAUCAAGACAUGAAUCACAACUCUCUUCUUCAUCUUUCUCCCUCCCCAAAACCAGAUGGUGGUCGAAAGAGACAGUGGCAAUAGUGACAGGUGCAAACAAGGGCAUAGGUUUUGCCUUUGUAAAAAGAAUGGCAGAGUUGGGAUUGACAGUCAUAUUAACUGCUAGAGAUAAUGCAAGAGGAAUGGAGGCAGCUGAGUCUCUAAAGAAAUUAGGGCUGCAUCUCUAUUAUCACCAGCUUGAUGUUUCAGAUAUUUCAUCCAUUAAAGAAUUUACUUCAUGGUUCACCAACAAUUUCACUGCCUUAGAUAUAUUGGUAAAUAAUGCAGCUGUAUCAUUCAACGAUAUCCACGAGAACUCGGUGGAGCAUGCUGAGGCAGUAAUAUGCACAAAUUUUUAUGGUCCCAAACGACUCAUAGAGGAACUCUGGCCCACGUUUCGUUGCUCUUCCACGGUCACUCGAAUUCUUAAUAUUAGCUCCAGACUUGGCCUUCUUAGUAAGCUGAGAAAUGAAGAGUUAAAAAAUAUGUUAUUGGAUGACGAAAACCUAUCAGAAAAACAAAUCGAAGGAUUAGUGAAGUUAUUUGUAGAAAAUGUGAAAAAUGGGACAUGGAAAAGCAAAGGUUGGCCAAAAUUAUGGACUGACUAUGCUGUAUCAAAACUUGCAUUGAAUGCAUAUUCUAAAGUCUUGGCUAGAAAUUAUAAUGGAAAGGGUAUAAGUGUGAAUUGUUAUUGUCCUGGAUUCACACAGACUUCUAUGACUGGUGGCAAGGGGAAGUACACGGCACAAGACGCAGCUGAGAUAGGAGUAAGACUGGCUUUGCUACCUCCACAACAUCUUCCAACAGGGAAAUUUUAUCUAGGGUCAAAUCCUCCAAAUAUUUACUCCAAGAUUUAAGACCAUUAUUAUUUUGUUUAACAUAACAAAUGAUAUAUUGUUCUGUAUCGUUUUUCAAGAGUAAAUUAGAUAAGUGAUUGCACAAAUAUUAAUUAUAAGCUUGAGUUG